GUUACGACAGAGAAGGAAAGACUUUUUAAAUCUUCCCCACAGGGGAGCAGGGUCACAGCAGCGUGCACUUUCGGCCACAGGGCGCUAGAAAGCAAGCAAGCAAGCAAGCAAUCAAUAGAGUUAGAAAGUUUCACUUGCACCCCCAGGCCCCAACGAGUCGUAGAACAUCAUCUCUACAAAAAAUUACACGCGCGCUCGGCUAUCAAUUUACUCUGCCGGUUGGCUUGCCCUCGAUCCGCGGUGUCUUCUUUGCAGUUUUGGAGCGUCAUCUCAAGCACUAACUGUAAAAGAUGAGCCGCAUUAAGGAGAUUUUGGUGGGAUUUUCAGAAUUAGGAAUGCGCAGUAUUUCAUUAGGAAGGAGGAAGAAGAAGCAGUUGUUGUUGCUACUUGUGGCUUCGUCCCUACUAGUAGCUGCCGUCAUCGGCGUGGUUGCGGGAAUCGCUUCCCACAAGAAUAAGAACUUGAAAACCAAGUCGGACUCCUCCCCAGCGCACGCCGUCCUUAAAUCAUCAUGUAGCAUUACUCUGUAUCCGGAACUCUGCUACUCGGCAGUGGCCACCGUCCCAGGCGCCACCGACAACAUCUCCACCCACAAGGACGUAGUCGAGGUGUCUCUAAACAUUACGACGGAGGCGGUCCAGCACAACUACUUCACCAUUGAGAAGCUCAUCGAUAGCAGGAGCAAGAACAAGAGCCUGACGGAGCAGGAAAUGACGGCCCUACACGACUGCCUGGACAUGGUGGAUGAGACCCUCGAUGAGCUACACAAGACUGCCGACGAUCUAAAGGCUUACACAAGCGACAAGAAUACGAAGAAGAAGUCAAUAUCGGAAUACGCGGACGACCUCAAGACGCUGGUGAGCGGGGCGAUGACGAACCAAGAGUCAUGCUUGGACGGCUUCUCCCACGACAAUGCCGAUAAGGAAGUGAGGAGUGUGCUGGAAGCGGGUCAGAUACAUGUGUUCCAAAUGUGCAGCAAUGCUCUCGCCAUGAUCAAGAACUUGACGGACACCGACAUGGCAGAGCAAGAGCAGCAGCAGGGUUACAAACUAAAGUCCGCCGGGAGACAUCUUAUCGGCAAAAAAAAAGAAGAUGAUGAUGCUAGGGACGAGGUGAAGGAGAGUCGCCGAAUCCGGUUCCCGGAGUGGUUGUCAGCUGGAGACAGACGUCUCUUGCAAGCUACUGAAGUGACGCCGGAUGUGACGGUGGCAGCAGACGGAAGCGGAAAUUACAGUACGGUGUCGGAGGCGGUGGCAGCAGCGCCGGAGAAGAGCAGCAAGAGGUAUAUAAUAAGAAUAAAAGCGGGAGUGUACAGGGAGAAUGUGGAGGUGAAGAAGAAGAAGAUCAACCUGGUGUUCCUGGGAGACGGUAGGAAGAGCACCAUCAUCACUGGUAGGAGGAACGUUGUUGAUGGGAGCACCACCUUCCAUUCCGCCACCGUUGCCGCGGUCGGGCAGCGGUUCUUGGCGCGGGAUAUAACCUUCGAAAACACGGCGGGGCCAUCGAAGCACCAGGCAGUUGCACUCAGGGUGGGAUCGGAUAUGUCGGCCUUCCACCGAUGCGACAUUCUGGCCUACCAAGACACUCUCUACGUUCACUCCCUCCGCCAGUUCUAUGUGGACUGCCUUAUCAUUGGCACCGUUGACUUCAUAUUCGGCAAUGCCGCUGCUGUAUUUCAGAACUGCGACAUCCACGCCCGCCUCCCAGACUCUGGACAGAAGAACAUGGUGACCGCCCAGGGGAGAGCUGAUCCAAACCAGAACACCGGCAUCGUCAUCCAAAAAUGUAGGAUUGGGGCCACCACCGAUUUGGAAUCGGUGAAUACCAGCUUCCUGACUUACUUGGGAAGGCCAUGGAAGCAAUACUCGAGGACCAUCAUAAUGCAGUCAAACAUCACUGACGUCAUUGACCCCGUAGGAUGGCACGUAUGGAACGGCGAUUUCGCUCUUGAGACACUGUUUUACGGCGAGUACGAGAACAGGGGCGCUGGGGCGGGGACUUCGAACAGGGUGGAUUGGAAAGGUUACAAGAACAUCACUGAUGCAGCCGAGGUUCAACCCUUCACUGUUUCCUCUUUCAUUGCCGGUGACUCUUGGUUGCCCUCCACUGGCUUUCCAUUCUCUCUCGGUCUUUGAACAUUUUCAAGUUAAAGAUUUUAUCUCAUCAUCCCUCCCUUCCUCCAACUGUGUACCCAUUUCAUAUUCCUUUAUAUACAUAUAUCAAAAUACCAGCAUUUCUUAAGUUUGAAGCUAAGCUUGUUUCUACCAAUAAGCUUGUAACAAGUCUUUGCGUUUCAUAUGUAUUUUUUUAAUUUUACCAAAAGAAAAGAAAAAACCUAAUCUGCCCUUUACUUU